AUGGUGAGCCAAGGAAUGGUUUCUCUAACAAAGUCUCUAUGCACUAUGGCUCCAAGGGUUCGCCUAAAGAAUCCGAAGAUGAUGCAGAACCUAAAAACCGGAUCUUGUCACCUCCGUUUCAGAAAUCUCCGUGUCUUCUUAUCCACAAAGCUGUCUCAAUGGGAACCAUCACCUUUUGUUCAUGCUUCUGCAGAGGAAGCUGGUGGUAUAGUAUUGGAGAAAGCCUCGAAUGUGUUCGAGUCUAUUAUAUCAGAGACUGCAGAGGAAGAGAAAGUAGAUUCAGGGCAACAGCAACGAGCUAACUCCCAGAUUCAGGUUCUUAAAUGGCCGAUAUGGCUUUUAGGUCCAUCUGUUCUCCUCACAAGCGGUAUGGCGCCUACUUUAUGGCUUCCACUGUCAUCGGUUUUCCUCGGUUCAAACGUGGUUAGUUUACUUUCUCUGAUCGGUCUAGAUUGCAUUUUCAACCUCGGAGCAACCCUUUUCCUGCUAAUGGCUGAUUCUUGCGCCCGUCCUAAAGACCCAUCACAGUCCUGCAACAGCACACCACCGUUUAGCUACAAGUUUUGGAAUAUCUUCGCACUCGUAACCGGGUUUCUUGUCCCAACGCUGCUUCUCUUCGGAUCCCAAACCGGCUUAUUCGGUUCUCUCCAGCCCGAGCUCCCUUUCAUCUCGUCCGCUGUUCUGCUCUUCCCGUACUUCAUCCUCCUCGCGGUUCAGACAUUGACAGAGAUCCUCACAUGGCAUUGGCAAUCACCGGUCUGGUUAGUCACACCGGUUGUCUACGAGGCGUACCGAGUCCUGCAACUGAUGAGAGGGUUGAAACUAAGCGCAGAGGUGAACGCACCGGUUUGGGUGGUUCACAUGCUUCGUGGGCUAGUCUCUUGGUGGGUAUUGAUCUUGGGGAUGCAACUCAUGAGGGUUUCUUGGUUUGCUGGUUUUGCAUCUUCAACAACAAAUCAGAAGCCACAAUCUGUUGAGUAA